AUGGGCGACCGCGGCAACGUAUCUUACGCGCCUACGGGCGAGACGACCGAGUGGGAAGAUAUCCUAGUGAAGAAGGGUAUCCUUGCACCCAAGACAAAGGUACCUGACGAGGAGCAACAGGACGACGACGACGACGAGCAGGAAGACACUCGAGAGCAUGCGACGCUGGACGAGUUGGACGAACUGGAGGAUGAUUACGAUGACGACGCAGUGCUGGCGCGUAUUCGCGAGCGUCGCAUCCAAGAGAUGAAGGAACAAGCGGCACGUAACAAGUUUGGUGAUGUUCAGCCGAUUGCCAAGGACGAGUGGACCAAGGAAGUGACGGACGGAAGCAGUGACCAUUGGGUUAUUGCCUACCUCUGGGACGAUGCGCUUGAAGAGUGCAAGGUCAUGGACCACGUGCUACGGGAAGUGGCCAAGCGGCACUGUGCGGUCAAGUUCGUGAGCAUUCAGGCGCAAGCUUGCAUUGAGAACUGGCCAUCGCGGAAUUGCCCCACUCUGUUCAUGUACCAUAAAGGCGCGCUGCAGAAUCAGGUCCUGGGGAUCCGCAAGCUCAACGGACUCGACAUGAAGGUGGAAGAUUUGGAAGAGUGCUUGGCCAAGGCCAACGUCUUCAAGGCGGACGGAUGA